UUAUAAAAAGUUUCUUGAUAUCUGUGAAUAUCAUGACUUUAUAUAUAAAAUCAGCAAGAAGAGCAGAAGUGUAUAUACUGAGAAACAUAAUUCACUGAGUCUACAUAAUAUCUUCUUGAAACAGGGAGAGCUAGUAAUAAAGGCAGAGAUGAUAAAACCAGAAGUA